AUAUAAAAAAGAAAUGAAACAUUUCAUUUUUGCUUUGUUUUUGUUUUUCUCUGUUUGCUGCACAUCAAUGGCACUCUCAUGCAAUUGUGCUUUGGUAAAAUGCAAAGUUCCAGAUGGAUGUAAAGCCGGAAUAGUCAGAGACAUUUGUGGCUGUUGUAAUAUUUGUGCUCAGGCUGCUGGUGAAGAAUGCGGAGAGGCGAUGUUUGAUAUGAAAAAAUGCGGCGACCAACUGGAAUGUGUCAAAAAGAAUAAUACAGACUUAACGGGAAUAUGUCGACCAAAAUGCGGACCAACGUGCAGAAUGUUUUGCCCGAACGGGUAUGUACUUGACGGAAAUGGAUGUCCUACUUGUCGUUGUAAUAAUCAACCAAAAUGUGGCCCAGUAUGUAUGAUUUACUGUGAAAACGGAAACGUUCUUGAUGCAAGAGGGUGUCCGACUUGUAGUUGCUACAAAAUACCAAAAUGCGUGGCUGACCUAUAUUCACUCAAAGAUGAAACAUUUAAGCCAGAAUGUCCAAAACUUAAAUGCCCAUUAAUAAAAUGUGCUUACGGACAAGUACUUGAUCAAAAGGGUUGCAAGACAUGUACCUGUAAAACUUUACCUCCUUCGUGCACCAAAGAUGGAUGUUGUGAAGAACCUACCCGUUUUUGCAGCAAAAAUAACAAUUGUUGUAUUCACGAUUCAACAUGCUUUUCAAAACCCGGUUGGUACAGAAGCUAGUCGGUAUGACGAUUUUCAAACGCAUAACUUUUUGGGGAAAUGGUAUAAAUCACCAGUAUUAAAACUUUAUUUUUCUAUAAUGUAAAAAAAUAAAAUAAUAAAAAAAAAAAAAGCAAUAAUAAUGAAAAA